AUGUUCGUGCGCAGGGCAGCGGCGAGUGGGGAGGGACCCACAGAUGAUGACUCUAUAGAGUCGCCCAAGGAAAAUGAAGUAGAAGCCGAGAAUGCUGCUGAGGCAGAGGCAGAAGAUGAAGAGGGAGAGCAGCGGGCCAAGGUGCACUGGAAGAGGGAGCAAGCAGUGCAGCACUUUGUGCAGAGCCUGCAGGCGUCGCUGGCGACCUCCCGCCAGAACGUGGCGGCUGCUGCUGCCAUCGCCUCCGCCACAACCGCUGCGACCGGUGGUCUGACCACCUCCUCGCCGUCUCUCGCGACCUCCGCCAAGGGCUCCUCCGCUGCAUCAUCAACAGGCUGGCCGGCCUUCCUUGCGUCCGUGCCACCGGCGGCGCCGUCGUCUUCAUCGUCAUCGUCGUCCUCUUGGUCGCGCCUGCAGGAGCUGGGCCACUUCCGCGCCAGGCAGCCGCAGCACCUGCCCACUACCACCACGCGCAGAUCCGAAGCGAAUCGACCGGGCGUGGCGCUGUGGCAGCUCGCGUUCGGCAAGGUGCGCACGGGCGAAUUCCAGGCUUCUUCGGUCGGCACGCCGCUCGACCGGCGUCGCAGGCCUGCAGCAGGAGGAGACCACGUGCGGUUGCUCAACAUCGAACAGCAGCAGCACAUCCACCACCACGCUGUGCCGUUCCUCCAGCUGCCCACUGUCGCGGUGGUCUCCUCCCACGACGACGCGCCCGCGCAGCCUGCGCCGCAGCAACUCGGCACGUCGUGGCGUACCAAUUCGCCUAGCGGCGGCGGGCAGUCGCCCACCCGACUGGGCGUGCGGAUUGGGGGCCGGCCGCACUCGCCGCCGCCGCCGCCCGCCGCCACCGGCGCGCACCUGCAGCGUCGCGGCAGCGCCUACGAUACCUUCUUCGACCACGAGGACCGGGAGCCGGCUCAUGACCAACAACAACAACCUCGCCAUCAUCAUCAACAUCAUCAACAACAACGUCAAGACCAACUGCCGGCCAUAGCCGAGCAAGCGUCGCCGCCGCCGAGGGCCAGGAUCGACCGCGGGCACAAGUAUCAUCACAUCAUCGACGACUACCCCGACGACGAUGACGACAGCGCCGCCGCUGGGUUCACCCGUCGGUCGGACGACGAUGAUGCGAGCGACGACGGCAGCGACGUCGAGUUUGAGGAGGAGAGGGAGUCGCUGUCGUCGUCGAGGGCGUCGCUGUCGUCGUCGAAGAUAGAGGCCGCCAACUCUCGCCCAACGUUGUCGGCAUCAUCGUCGGCGAUGAGGCACCACGCCGCCUCGCCGCACCCGGCUCACCCGUCACCGCCGUCGGUGGCCUCGCCCACUCCCAUGCGAGCGUCGUUGAAACUCAACCAAUCGUCGCCUGCGCCUCUGCCGCACUAUCGGGCGACGUCGUCGACGGACUUCGAACCCGUGCCCGAGACUGCGCAGCCGCCCGCGUCCACCAACGAAGAGUGCGGCAGCAGCUCACCGGUAGCGUCGCGCAGCAGCGGCAGCCGAUCGCGCGACUUUGGGUCGGAUCGGUGGCGCGUCCACCAAAAGGAGAAGUUCCCCUACGCUACCUACUCGGUCACCGACCCCUACCAGUUCGACGCCGCUCCGGAAGUUGAAGCAUUUGAUGACCGACAAAGUGAGUCGUCGUUCAUCUCUGAGUCGGACGACGACGCCGACGAGUACGGCGACAUCGGCCAGUACGGCAGCAAGAACUACACCGCAGCAUUCAACUCGAAGAGCGUGCCCUAUUCGGCGCCCAGCACGCCCGACGCGUCGCCCAUCAAGCCGAAGCGGAGGGUCAGCCUGUCGACACCGUCGUCGCCGCACCGACUCGCCGCCCACCCGGCGGCGGGCCACUACCAGACACAAGCCGGCGCGGGAGGUGUUGACGACAGCAACGACUUCAGCUGCACCCACCGCGACUUUUGCCAGUACUGCCAGGAAGAGAUGCGGGGUUACCCGCGCAACUGGAACGAGGAGUUCCAGUCGCUGCUCGAGCUGCCGGUCGUCACCGAGAAGGAGCGGCUCAAGCGCUACGAACUCAUACACAACCUUGCCCAAGAUUUCUCGAUCACGGCCAAGCUGUACGGCAAGAUAAUCAUCGCCGAGGCGUUUCUUCCGCGCAAGUACCAGACCAUCAAGCCCUGCGUUGUGGGCGGGCUGGCUGGCGGACCCAAGUACAUCUACAACGGCAUCUUCUUCAAGUUUGCGAUGGACGACCUGGGCAUCUAUGGCUCGGAUGAAAACGCGAUGAAAGCGGCCGCGCACGACCUCAAGGGGCUCAUGCGCUAUUCCGACAUUGCCGGCUUGUCCGUUCCUCUCAUCCAGCUUAUAGACUACCGAGGCUUCAGGCUGGUGGCCCUCUCCAUUCUGCCGAUCGAGCAGAGCACGCUGGUCUACGGCAGCGCCGAUGGAGGCGUGGUGGUGCAUACCGAGCAUUCUCAGCUGAACGACUACAUGGCGGCCGCGGGGCAAAAACUGAACCUCAAGGGGCACCUGGGCGGUAGCGAAAACUGCGCCGAUCGGAAGAUGAUCUACGGCCCCACCGACAUCGAGGGUCACGUUGGAUUGGAUGGGCGCCUCUACGUGCUGGACUUUUCUCGGGUGCUGCCGCCCACGACCCCGUCCAAAGGCAAGAAGAACGGGUACCUGUACGAACUCAUGCGCCCCGAGUUCCUCAAAAAGAACCCCAAGCCCCUCAGCUCCGAUGCUUUCUCGCCGUUCGGAGUUGACUCGGCGACGGAGCACAAUGCGGAGAUCAGGGAAGCCACCAACAGGCUCCUCAAGGAGGUGAUCCCCAAAUUCGCGGCCUAUCUGGACCUGCACUACCCGAACGCCGAGGACCUCUGCCGGCACCUGUCGCCUCUCAUCCACAAGGAGGGCAUCAACGUUCGUUACCUGGGUCGGCUGCGGUACUACGUCAAGUCGGUCCACCUGAAGCAGCUCUUCUUGCACGAGAUGAUCGCGCGAGUGGUCAAGGUGGCCGUGCAUCGGAGCCUGCGCAAGAAGACCCGAACGCUCAAGAUCAUGUCCGAGGUGGCCUGCAAGGACGUGGUGGUCAAGCACUUCAACCUGGUAUUGGGGCGGCCCAAACGGAAGGCGGACAAUUUCUGGAAGGUGGCGAUCAAGUCCGAGGUCAUGCGCAAGUUCGGCGAACAGUCGCUCACCACCGAAGAGCGGGGCGAGUACUACGACCUCCGCCGCAAG